AUGAAAUACAACGUAGUUAUCAUCGGAGCCGGGUCGGCCGGCUGCGUGCUGGCCGCCCGCCUUUCGGAGGACCCCGACCGCACCGUGCUGCUGCUGGAGGCCGGGCCGGACUAUCCCGACUUUGAGCAGUACCCCAACGAUCUUAAGUACGGCUACAACCAGCUUGCCUCCGCCGUUGACGCUCCCCACAACUGGUCCUUCACCGCUGUGGCCACGCCGGAGCAGGGCAACACGAUGCCGGUGCCCCGGGGAAGGGUGGUGGGCGGCUCCAGCGCCAUCAACGGCCAGGUCCUGCUGCGGGGAGUUCCCGAGGACUACGAUAACUGGGCCUCCUGGGGCAAUGACGAGUGGUCUUUUAUCAAGACCCUCCCCUACUUCCGCAAGCUGGAGACCGACACGGAUAUCCAUGACGACUUUCACGGAUUUGACGGCCCCAUACCGGUGCGGCGCCACAAAGAGGAGACCUGGAUGCCGGCGCAGGUGGCCUUCUAUGCAUCCUGCCGGGCCGAAGGAUAUCCGCAUGACCCGGAUAUGAACCACCCUGACUCCGGCGGUGUUGGGCCCAUUCCGAUGAACAACCCGGAUGGCAUCCGCAUGAGCACCUCCCUCACUUACCUCAAUCCGGUACGGCACCGCCUGAACCUGACUGUCCGCUCCGGCGUUACGGCGCACCGCCUCAUCUUUGAAGGCAAUCGCGCAGUUGGCGUGGAGGUUGAGAGCGGCGGCGAUGUCUUUGUGGUGGAAGGCGACGAGAUCAUAUGCAGUGGCGGCGCCGUUGGCUCCCCGCAACUGUUGCUGCUUUCCGGAGUCGGGCCGGCGGACCAUCUGGGGGAAAUGGGAAUCCGGCUCCACCAUGAACUGCCCGGUGUUGGGCAAAACCUGCGCGACCAUCCCAACGUGCGCGUGCCGGUACGGGUCAACGCCGACUUUCCGCUGGACCCGGAGGCGCCGCGGACCCAGUUGGCCCUGCGCUACACCGCCGCCGGUUCCGAAGACCGGAAUGAUAUGCAGAUUUUGCAGUCUUCCUUCUCCUCCCCAAUGGGCGGCGAUCCGCUGGAAGGAGAGGGCAUCAGGUUCACCUGUAUCCUGGAACUGGCGGUGGGCGCCGGCGAACUCAGGCUGGCUUCCGCCGAUCCCUACGAGCAGCCCCUCCUGGACUACAACUACCUGGAGGAGCCAUGGGACCGGGAAAGGCUGCGGGAAGGCGUCCGGCUUUGCCUCAAGCUGUUGGAAGGCGACCGUUACCGCGAAUUCGUCGAGGAGUGCAUCAGCCCCACCGAUGAGGACCUGGCCUCCGACGAUGCCCUGGACCAGUGGUUGCUGCGGAAUGUCACCACCACCCAGCACAUAUCGGGGACCUGCAAGAUGGGACUGGCAGAGGACAGCAUGGCGGUGGUGGACCAGUACUGCCGGGUGCAUGGCUUGGAAGGGCUACGCGUGGUGGACGUUUCGGUGCUCCCCGACUGCAUCCGGGCCAACACCAACGCCACCACCAUCAUGAUUGCCGAACGGGUAGCCGACUGGAUGAGGCAGGGCUAA